GUUGUGGAAAAUGAUUCAGUUGUGCGGUGCAUUUCCACCAGUUUACAUCUAUCGGCUGCGAACUAGGAGCAAAAAGUGAUUAAAGAUUCGGGCUUAGUUUUUGAGCGGUUUGACAAAGUGGAGUAACGGCCGUUUUUUUUAUUUGUGGUUCUGAAUAGUUUUACUGUGUGGUGCUUUGCGGUAGUAAGCUGUGAAAGUGGUCUUACAUGUGAGGAUAGUUUUUGUUUGCUGGGUGAAGUGGAAGACGUUGAAGGGCACACGUGACUCCACAGGCCAGCAGUGAAAAUGAGACUCGCACGCAUAACAAAUCCGGAUGGGGUGGCACGUGGCGCUGGAUUACGGCUAGUCCUGAUGGGGCUGUUGCUGUCCAUUGCUGUGGUUACCGUUGGCGGUAUCCCGACGUCGGUUCUCGUCAACGCAAAGACGGCCAUCGCUCAAGGGCAUGAUGAUUCCGCAACUGGACCAGUUCAACAAGCCAUGAAAUCACACAGCAGCGACAGCACUCUUCCCACCGAAAGCAAAAGUCAAAUAUCCGUUCUCCACAAGCGCGGAGUCAAUCCACUGGUGUACAACGAUUUGGACUACUCGGGAAAUUCAAUUCCCCGCGGGGGCACGUGGGACGAUCCGGAUGGACCGCCACCGCAGGCCGCAGCGUCUAUCUUCCCCGAUCAACUGUUCGGUGGAACUGUUCGUGACAAUCGGCUGAGAAACUAUGACCUGCUGGCAAGUUUACUCAGUCAACCGGCGAUCCAGAGCUUCUACGGUGAACCGGUAAUCCCGUCAGUUAACUAUCCUUCGGCAUACUACGGAGCACUGGGUGAUCGAACCAAGCGGAUGGCUGCGGAUAGCAAGAACCGUCAUCAAUCGAUAAGGUUAAAACGCAGUCCAGCAAAAAUGUCUCCAGCCGAUGCCCUGUCGCUACUUGCCCUGCUAGAGUCCCGUGAUCCAUACGUUUCGGACUACUACCCGUCGAUUUCGCAGGCCAACGGUCCCAAUGAUGUGCUACCCUACUCAGGAAAUUCAUUCUAUCAGGACGUUCCCCUUGCGCUAGCUCUAGCCCGUUCCCCUGGAAGCACCGGUCCGAUGGCACCCUACAGCGACGCAGACGGUGCAUGGAUGAACACGUGGACCGAACCGGCCGUCGACUAUUUGGGAUUCCCGUUGGACGUUGACACACUUUCCCGACUGGAUGGAUAUGGCGGCAAGCCUACCAAAAACGGAUUCUCCCACCAGAAACGAUUUAUGAUUACAAAGCGAAAACGCAGCGUUAGACAGACCGACGGUGAUGACUGCAAAAAUGGCAAGAAAUCUUGUCUGCUGCAAAAGUAUGCUCAACUGCAACACGAUAAAAUCUCUCCGGUUUAGGCGGAAAUGGCAAUCGACCUCGGCACAUCCCACACUGACACUGUAACAUAACCGCAAACACAACCCAUCUAUGAAAAUAAGACAAAAUCCGCAAGCAAUGGAAAGUCAGGCGGAGAAAACGGCUUGAAGGAAAUUGAGUAAGAUCACACUCUCAAAUGCUUCCAUACUACGCGAAAAAGAACGGAAAAACGGCAACCAACAAUCGGAUCAAUGGAAACUGGAUUAUGAAUUUAGCUAACUCACUGUAAAUGUCAAGUGUUUCAUAGCACAUAUAUUUCUCCGUAAUUUCGUUGAAAAAUAUUCUUGGGAAUGGAAUAUCAUUAUAUUAUUUAAAUAAAAUGAAACUUACAUUAUACAAGCACAUACUUAAUCAAAUUGGAAUAAUGAUGUUUUCCCGUUUAAACGAUGUUUCAAAUUAAUCAAAAUAUAAUACUUAAACAUUGUGACUACCAUUGCAAAUGAUUGUAGUAUCAGACACCUUUCAGAAGGCCGCAAGGAGAACGUUCAAGAUCAAUUGUUCUCCCAUAUUGGGGUUUUAUCAAUUAACUUGCUGUAUUGUAACUAGCAAUUAUACAUUACCAUCACAAUGCAAAAUGCGAUAAGAUUACGGUUCAGAGGUAAAAAAUAGUACUAGUGAAAAGAAUUACAUUCUAUUAAAAACUUUAAACUAAUAUAUUGUAUAUAUAUUUAUCACAAGACAAUGCUAAUCGUUCAAAAUCCACAAUAAACCUUACUAGCAACCAGACGGUGUUAUUUUGCACAUCAAAAGUAAAACGGAAAAAUCAACAAAAAUCGUGAUUAUUUUCUUGCGAAUCGAGAACAGUUUUAUUCCUAGAUUUCCAAGCGGAUUAUGCCAAACAGGACGCUAUUUCAGGUGCCCACUGAGGGAGACAGCGUUGCUGUUGAUCACGAAUUUCAAAUAAAAAACCCUUUGGUUGGAAAACAA